GUGUUUACAUUCUGGACGGUCAAGAAGGUUCUUGAAGCUUAGUGAGGGAUAUACGACGCAUAUUAACAGCAAUUUUGGAAUGCAUAUUUCUGUUUAACUACUAAAGCACCAGAGAGAUGUUUGGGCUCAUAAUUUCAGGCCGUCUUGUACAAACCGACCUGCAGCAGGUGUCAGAGACUCAGUUUCUGUUCAACAUUACUGAUGCCGACAACAUCAACCAUGUUGUCCUCUUCAUGACGGGACAGACUCCAUUCCCUGAAGGCUUCGGAGGAGCUGUGUAUUUCUCCUGGCCUAGCACAGAUGGUCCCUCGUGGCAGCUGUUGGGACAUUUAACAAACGCAAAACCAAGCACUAUAUUUAAAAUAUCCUCACUGAAAGCAGGGGGAGGUAACUCAUUUCAACAGAACAUGUUUGGUCAACAGGCGUCCCACAAUGCCCAGAUAGGAAUAUCCGUGGAGCCGCUGUCUCAGCUUGCACAGCAGACACCAGUAACACAAGCUAGUGUGUCCAGUGUUGAAGCAUUUGUAGAAUAUUCAAGGAAGAUGCUGGAGAACUUUUUCAAUUUUGCCUCUUCAUUUGCGGUCACCCAGUCUCAGAUGACUCCGAACCCAUCGGAGACAUUCGUACCCAUCAGCACAUUACAAAAGUGGUUUGAAAAUUUUCAGAGACGUUUAGAACAAAACCCAAAUUUCUGGAGGUCAUGAUGGAGAUUGUCAUCGUUCAGUGAGAGACUUUGUCCUAUGAUCAUGCAUCUCGUUUCAUGUGUGGAGAAUUUAUAUUCUUGUGCGCUUUUGUCAAAGCACAUCAUCUCUCGGCUUUCUUGUCUCUCUUAAUUUUCUUCUCUAUUAUAGCAGGAGCAUGGGUAAUCCAGUUGUCUAGGUCAUUAUUUGCUCUACGGAGUUGCAUCCCUUGGAUAUGCAAGGAACCUGUGAUCAUGGGUUCAAAUCCCAUUUCUCCCCCAGAUUAUGUUCGAGGUAUGUCAGCACCAUACCUGUGCUUGAGGGUUCUAGGGCGAUGGGGUAGCCUAGUGGUUAAAGCGUUCGCUCGUCACGCCGAAGGCCCUGGUUCGUUUCCCACAUGGGUACAAUGUGUGAAGCCCAUUUCUGGUGUUACCCGCUGUGAUAUUGCUGGAAUAUUGCUAAAAGCGGCGUAAAACCAUAUUCAACCACUUGAUGGUUCGAUCAAAGUUGUAAAUGUCUGAGAGCUGCAUCAGUUUAGCUUUACCCGACGUUAAGCUGACAAAUCCUGAUACAACUGCACUAUUGUUUUAAGAGAUGUUAAACUCUCAAUCUCUUUUGUAGCAGAUAGUUGAUGCAGUUUAAACAUUUGAAAUUUUGUACAUCAAAUUGAAUAUUUAAAAUAUAAUAUAAUAUGGAGGUGAGUUUCACUUCUAGAGAAGAACUUUCAAAAAUAAGUUAAUGAGAAGAAAUCUUUAUUUUUCUGAAACCGUAUUUGGAUGUUGUGAGGACUAUCUUUUCUGUUGUGAACAUGGUGGUGCUGUUUGAUUGUGAAUCUACUAUAGAUGUUUUAGAGAUGUUUAUGAACAAAUAUUUCUCCGUAUAUUUUCAGUUUACAGGGGUUUUAUUGAUAACUUGCUUUUAUAUUGUACAAUAACACAAAAUAAUUUACUGUAGUAAAUGCAUUUGUGUUACCUUAUUACACCAUUUUAAUGUCUGGCAAAGUUUUUGGCAAAGACUCUCAAAUUCUCAAAAAGAUAUGUUUAAGUCUGCUGUAAUAUACACUCCAUGGGGUGCCAGUAACCAUGGUAACACUCUGUAUAAUGUUCCAAUGGCAACCAACUGGAUGACCAUGCUUCCAAAUGUUUGUUUGUUUGUUUGUUGUAUAAUGCCACACUCAGCAAUUCCCAGCUAUAUGGUGGUGGCCUGUAAAUAAUUGAGUCUGGACCAGACAAUCAUGUGGUCAACAUCAUCAGCAUCGAUCUACAGAAUUGGGGUACAAUGACAUCCACCAAGUCAAUGAGCCCAACCUUGUUAGUAGUACAAGCCUGGGUUACUGAGACCAAUUCUAACCUUGAAUGCAGUGAAUGUAGCAUCCUCUUUGUUUGAUGUUUAAUGUCAUGCUCAACAGUAUUCCAUCUAACGCCGAAGACCCGUGUUCGAAUCCCCACAUGGGUACAUUGUGUGAAGCCCAUUUGUGGUGUCACCUGCCGUGAUGUUGCUGGAAUAUUGCUAAAAGCGGCGUAAAAGCAAACUCAGUCAGUAUUCCAUCUAAAUGACAAGGGCAUUUUCAUAAGUGAGUCUGGGCCAGACAAUCCAGUGAUCGACGUUAUGAGCAAGAAUCAAUGUUGACAACAGGAUGCAGGAGUUGUCCCUGAGCUGACAUUCAAUUCUAUCCCAGAAUUCCAACAGGAAGUUGGAUGUGACUUCUUAGUGGCAUGCUAAUGUUACCGGAAGUGAUUGGAAUCAAAUUUCUCUAAAAUUUCUUUUUACACAUUUUACUUACACACACUGAAGAUCACAGUCAAAUGCAAAUCUCAGUAAUUCUGGUUUUUAGUUCCAAGAUCUUCAACUCCUUUUACGUGAUUUAAUGGUCAGUUAUCUUUUACAGCACCAUCUAAUUGAUUUCAAGGUCAUUAUCACAAAUUUUGAAAAUUCAUUUAUUGAAAUAUUACAUUAGUGUUAUCAAUAUAGAAGCGACAAAACCCUUUCCACAUCCAUAAGAAAUCUCUGUAAAAGCAGAGUCGAUUGUACAAUUGUGGCUAUGUCAUGAGUACAUUUACAGUAUUAUAGCUGGACGAUGUUGUUUGUAAACAAAUCAAGUCUCGACCAGACAAUCCAGUGAUUGUCACAAUGUGAUGUAUGGAACAAGACUUAGCAUUUGUCAUUUUUAGGGUUUACAUGAGGAAGAUUUUAGAUCACCUUUGACAGCUUUGUUAUGAGAGUAGCUAAAGGCAUAUUUUCUAAACCCAUACUGCAGGUAUGUUCCUAAACAAGUGAUGUUGUUACACCAGAAGUGAUGGUACCAUGGUUACAUCAGAACUGAUGUUACCAUGGUUACAUCAGAACUGAUGUUGUUACACCAAGUGUAUUUAGUCUUUAUUAAGACAUUUUACGUCCGUACUGACCUUGCAACAGACGUAGAUGGGUGUUUCACAUUUUCACAUUUACUUUCACUGAAGGUUGGUGCAGGGGAUGAGGCAGCCAAGGAUGCAGUGCCUUUGUUUGUAUGUAAUGCAUUGCAUGUCCUAGUCUAAAUACUUGCAGGUGUCCUCAGUAGGGAUGCCACGAUACAUCGAUGCAUGGAUACUUUUUCUAAGACGAUACAAUUAUCGAUACAUUCAAAACUGUAUCGAUAUUUAGUUUUGAAAGUAU